AUGUUAGCCAGACGUUGUGAAAAGUGUGCAAGUAAAAAAAGGAUUCCUCCUAUUGCAGCAAGUAAACCAUGGCCAGCAACGCUAAGGCCAUGGUCAUGGUUACAUAUUGAUUAUGCGGGACCCUUUAUGGGUACAAAUUUUUUGAUCGUCGUAAAUGCUUAUAGCAAGUGGGUAGAGGUAAAAUUAACCAGUACAAUAAAUGCGAUUAGAACCAUGGAGUUAAUGAGAGAAAUUUUUCCAACACACGGAAUACCAGAUACCAUUGCGUCCGAUAAUGGGCGAACGUUUGUGUCAGAAGAAUUUGAGAAAUAUUUAAAACUUAGCGGUAUAAAGCACAUACGUACGGCACCGUAUCAUCCAUCGUCAAACGUACAAGCAGAAAGGUUUGUACAAACCAUUAAGAAUCACAUUAAGAAAAUGCAGUCUUCAGACAUCAAUAAGAAUUUGGCAAAUAUACUUUUGCAUCUGCGUACAACUCCUAAUGCAAAUUCAAAUUCGAGUCCAGCAGAAAUCUUGAUGGGAAGGAAGUUGAAAACAUUGUUAGAUCAUUUGCACCCCAGUGAUGACAACACUCAGACGCGGCUAAAUUCUGAUGAGUAUUCCAAACAAAUAAAACCAGUUCGCAGUUUCCAGUGUGGUGAAAGUGUUUGGUACCGAAAUUUUGGAAGAGGUGAAAAGUGGAUGCCAGGGAUUAUACAAUCAACAGGAGAUCGCAACUACAAAAUUCAAUCAAAUAGUAACAUAGUGUCGAGACAUAUUGACCAGUUGCAUAAGCGAGUUUCGGAGACACCGACAAGUUUAGAAUCCAAUACAACUCCAGUGGCAGUAACUUCAAUGGCACAACCGGAAGAGCAAGACGACCAAGUAAGUGCAGGUCAUUCAUCAAAUGAAUAUAUCCUACCAGAUAGUCAAGUAGAGGGGUCAUUAGAAGAAGAAGAUAAAAGAGAUGAAACAUUAAAAUCGCGACCGUACCGGCGGAGGCAACCGCCAAAAAGGUUACGGGACCAUUUGAUGGGGGAGGAACUGUAG